CACACGACUUUGCAUCUCAUAAAUAAUCAAACGUGAUCAUUUUUUCUCGCUCUAUCGCCUCCACUCACUAGUGCGGCGCGUGUAUACAUGUCGUACAUGCACACACACAUCUCUCGCCGCCUCACGUGCUUUUAUCGGGCCGCCUCACGUGCUUCGCCGCACGCGAUUCGAAUCAGCUGCGAGACGAGACGAGACGACUCGAGAUGAGACGAGACGCGAAUCCCCCCCGAGGACGACGGCAACGUGGGCUAUUACUGUCAUGUGCGGGCGUCCGGAUGACAGCUCGAAUCUCGGCGGAUCCUCGCGACUCUCGGCAUCCUCGGAUGGCGAUGGCUGACGAUGGUGCUGGUGGUGGUGGUAGGAGGUGGUAAUGGUGGUAACAGUGGUGGUACUGGCGGUGCUGAUGGUGGUGGUGAUGUGAGUACGCGAUUUCGGGAAUUUAACGACGUCGCGCGCGGGACUGGGAGGAAGUGGGAGCGAGGCGCUGGCGAGGGGAAGGGGCCGGGGGGGAGAGGAAGAAGGUGAAAGUGAGCCUUUUGUCACGGCGACGGCGGCACGGCGCGAAUCGCGGCUGCAUAACCUAUAAAUAAUAUCGCCGUCCGCGUUCCCGAAAUCGUGGGACGGAGAUCGUCCUCUCUCUCUCGCUCUCUCUCUCCUUCUCUCUCUCUCUCUUGCCCGGUAUGAAACGUCAGACGCGGACGUGGAUUCGGCUGGACGACGAGUGACUUGGCGGGAGGCUACGACAACGUAUGGAAAACAUGGAGGCCGCGAGCGGCAACGAGGCGGGCGGGGAACAGCAGGCCGCGCCAGACAGCACGGUUCCCCGGAAGUCGUGGUCCGAGCUCCGCGCCGUCGUCAGCGACCUCAGAAGGAAGCUGUCCGGGGUGUCAGCCGGCUCCGUGCCCGGGUCCAUAACUUUCCGCUCGCUCCCGGACGGCCGAACUAGAAUCUAUUUCCUCAGCACUCCGAGUAACGGAUGGGAGACCACGCUUCUCUACGUGGACAUUGCGCAUGCAGAUCAUGCCAAUGGCUAUCGUCUGCAUUGGCAGCCUGUCAUAGAAGCAAAUUUUCAGAGUGUAUCGAGCACAAACAGACUGUCAAAGGAGGAACAAUUGUUAUGGGAGAGAAAGAGGCUUGCUACUUGGGGCAUAACCAGUUAUGAGAUUCAUGCGGAGAGUGGGAAAUUGGUUUUUCCAGCUGCCAGCAGUCUUUAUCAGUGUGUGGAUACUGGAUUCAUGCCUGGACCACUCUUCCCAUCAGAAAUCAGAAUGUCGACCACCGGAGCGAAACUGUGUCCUCAGAUCUGUCCCUGGAACAAUGCAUUGAUUGCUCACACAUGUUCGGGAGAUCUAUAUCUGUCUCACAGUAUCACAGGCUCCUCAGUUCGAUUGACUCACGCUAAGAAAGGUGGCAGGAGUCUCGUGGAUGAUCCACUUACGGCCGGCACUCCUUCCUACGUCAUGCAGGAGGAAUUUACAAGAUAUAUCGGCUACUGGUGGCAGCCAAAGUCCAUGUACGACGGUAUCUAUAGAAUAGUGUACGAAGAAGUGGACGAGAGCGAUGUUAAGAUAUAUUGCUUUCCUUCGGCGAAUUCCUACGAGGUGGACGAAUUUAGAUUUCCUAGAGCAGGUAUGCCGAAUGCUAGGAGUAACUUGAAGAUGGUGCAGUUCCGGUUGACGGAAUCGUUGCAGAUAGUCGAUAUCGAAAUACUAGAACUUCAGUAUCCCCUUCACAUAAUGUUUCCUUGGAUGGAAUACAUGGUGAGAGUCGGCUGGACUCCGGACGCUCAAUACGUCUGGGUGCAACUAUUGGACAGGAAACAACAGAAGCUUGAACUGGUUCUGUUGUCGAUAGACAACUUCUGCGAACCGCCACCCAACACGUACAAUACGGAAAACCACUUUACACCUGCGUCAGCGAGCGUUCAGGUGAUAUAUUCGGAGCAGAAUCCGACUUGGAUCAACGUGAACGACCUGUUGUACUUUCUCAAGUCUGACGACGCGAGCGAAGUGAAGUUUAUCUGGGGUAGCGAGGAAUCUGAGUUUCGGCAUUUGUAUCUUAUAACAUCCAGUAUAGCAGGCUUGAGUAAUGGAGUGGAAGAGCCUUUGGAUAGAAUGGACAGCAUAUUUCUUCGACCGCGUAUCACUUCCAAGGUGGCCCUGACGCAAGGCGAUUGGGAAGUGCUGGGGAAGAAGAUCUGGGUCGACGAAGUCAAUUCUAUCGUAUACUUUUGCGGAUUACGAGAAGGGCCGUUGGAGCAACACGUUUACGCGGUUUCUCUGCGACGACCAUUAGAAAUACGACUCCUAACACGACCGGGUUAUAGUUAUAACAGUGUAUAUUUUAACAAAGAGUGCACAAUGUUGGUCACCGUUUAUAGUUCUAUUAAAACACUACCCACUUGUCAAGUAUUUAAAAUAUCGCAAACCGAUUGGACGGUGGAAAGUAUAUCGCUCACACCUGUAGGAUAUCUUCUAGAAUCAUCGGCGCCUGAAUCGGAAUUGUUCGCGCCAGAAAUUUUUACGCAUAAGAUAAAAUCAGGCGAUACGAUUUACUCGAUGAUAUUCAAGCCUCAUAAUUUUCAGCCCGGAGUUAAAUAUCCUACGAUAUUGAACGUUUACGGAGGACCCGAGGUUCAACUCGUGUCGAAUACGUUUAAGGGCUUAAGGCAUUUGCGGAUGCACAUGCUAGCUGCUCAAGGCUAUUGUGUAGUUUUAAUCGAUUCCCGUGGAUCGCAGCAUAGAGGUCUGAUAUUCGAGAGCCACUUACGACGUAGAAUGGGAACGGUAGAGUUGAACGAUCAAGUCGAAGUAUUGAGAUGGUUGGCAGAAACCACAGGAUACAUAGAUCUGAAUCGUGUGGCUCUGCACGGUUGGUCUUAUGGUGGAUACUUAAGUCUGAUGGGUCUGAUACAGUAUCCCGAUGUAUUCAAACUCGCUAUUGCUGGUGCUCCGGUUACCUCGUGGAAUUUUUAUGAUACUGGAUAUACCGAACGUUACAUGGAUCUGCCGCAAAACAAUCUUCACGGUUAUAUGGCAGGAUCAAUCCUGACAUAUGUGAACAAAUUCCCAGAUGAAGAGAAUCGAUUGUUGAUUAUUCAUGGUCUCAUAGACGAGAAUGUACAUUUCUAUCACACCAGCCAGCUGAUCAACGCCCUCGUGAAGAUCGGUAAACCAUAUCAGUUGCAGGUUUACCCCAAUGAGAGGCACAGUCUGAGAAGUCUGGACGCCAGCAAGCAUUAUGAGACAACCUUGCUGUCCUUUUUACAAAAUCACUUAUGAACCGAUGUUCUCUUGUUUUUUUUUUCUUACAUUGUUCGGUAGUAGUCUCAUUCAAGUUUACUGCCAUUAAUUUAUGUACAACACACCAGAAACUUAAGACGAAAAGAUACUUUCAGAUGAUCAUCUGAAUUAGUAUCUGUAUUAAUUUCUGUACAAAAAAAUGUGCCUCUAUGGGGCUUUUAACAUAGUAUUACAGUUUCAAUGUAAAGGGUAUUCGCGAUAGCGCAAUGUGAAUGUUACCAACAUGUUGCGUACUAUUAAUACCAAGACGAACUUCUAGCAAGGAAUUUGUGAAGGAACGUACAACUUACACAUAUGUGCCGAUUAUGUGUAUUUUCAAUGGCAAUGUAAAAAUAUCAUGAAAAACUCGCGUAGAAACAUACAUUCAAAACAGCCUUUUUUAAUCAGCUAUUAUUGAGAUUUACAACCGUGAUAAUAUUGAUUACUCGUGACUACUUUUUAAAGGAAUGGACAAUACUCAAUUUAUUGACAAUAGUCUAUCAGAAAGAACUACUAUUCCAGAGAUGCACAUUUCUGUUUCGCGAUCAUUUCGCAAUAUAUGUUGAACCAUUAGACACGAAUACCCCAACUGACUAUGUACAUAUAUCAUGCGUGAUCGCAACGUUGUGUAUCACGUAUUUCUCUCAUCUUUCUACAGCGAAAAGUAUUUGCGUUCUUCAAUGUUGUGAAAUAAUCGUAUAUCCGAUGGAUAAUUACUUGUCAAUAAAUAAAUUCAUUAUUUUA